AUGCAAACGUCAAUCAAAAUAUGGCUUUAUGCAAUUGCUUUUGUGGAACUGCUGAUAGUCUCAUUAUCUGCUCAAGAUGCUUCCAGCUGUACAGACCGUCCUAGCGCACCAAAAUCUGGCAAAUUCCAAGUCAACACCCAUGUUCACUCCAAUAAGCGAUCCAUUAGCAUACCAGAACCAACCGUUGUUAAUUCGAUUGGCGAUUAUGCGCUUGGUGGUGAAGGAAUUAUUCAUGUCGCCUCGUACAAUUGCGACAGUAAUCCUAAGAAUGUAGUGUCGGGUUACUGCGUUUUGACCAUUCCAGAUGCAUUGAUCCAAUGCAAUAGCGACCCGAAUUGUGGAGGCAUCGAAGUAACGACUAAUGUGGGCUGGCAUAACGCAUACGAUGUAAAUGGUCAAACAGUUGUGCAACUGUUUGCAGUAGGCUCUGCUACAAAUCCAAAUGCUGAAUGGAACUACUUUAAUAAAAACCAAGAAAUCGUUGUCGAGUCGAUUGAAGAUGAUGCGUGUUAG